CUGCCAGGGUUUAUUAGGUCCUGCUCCGAGCUGGGAGAGCAAAGGAAAAAAGAGAAGAAGAAAGGCUCUGCAGAGCUGGCCGCGGCGCGGGGGGGGCACUCGCUGCCUCCCAACUGAAUGACGAGCUGCAGUUUCCUCUGGCCGGCCCCGCUCGCCCUGUGUCAUACACCCAGACUCAUGAUUCAUCUCCUGGGCUGCUCACAACCUUCCAGCUGCCCCAGAGCUGCUCUCCACCGCUCACGGAGGGGCUGGUCCUAGCGGCCCCGGCAGCGGUCGGGGCUGGGAGGAGAAGAUGGGAAGGCUCUGCGCGGCUCUCGGCAUCCUGCUGCUGUGCGCCGCCGGCGCCUGGGGGGGCAACAUCUGCACCACCCGCGGGGUGAACUCCUGCAAGCAGUGCCUGGCUGUGAGCCCUCUAUGUGCCUGGUGCUCUGCUGAGGUCAUGCUGCAGGCGUCCCCCCGCUGUGACCUCCGUGCCAACCUCCUGCAGAACGGCUGUGGGCAGGACCACAUCGAGGCCCCCACCAGCAGCGUGACCGUCCUGGAGAACAGACCCCUCAGCAGCAAGGGCUCAGGGGGCUCCACCACCACCCAGAUGAGCCCCCAGAAGAUACAACUGGACCUGAGGCCAGACGACUCCCAGGUCUUUCGCGUCCAAGUGCGCCAAGUGGAAGACUACCCUGUGGACAUCUACUACCUGAUGGACCUGUCCAACUCCAUGAAGGAUGACCUGAGGAACAUCCAGAACCUGGGCACCAAGCUGGCCAGCCAGAUGCGCAAGCUCACCAGCAACCUACGCAUCGGCUUCGGGGCCUUCGUGGACAAGCCAAUCUCCCCCUACAUGUACAUCUCUCCUCCAGAGGCUGUCACCAACCCUUGCUAUGAGAUUGGGGACACCUGCCUGCCCAUGUUUGGCUACAAGCACGUGCUGUCCCUCACGGACGAGGUGACACGCUUCAACGAGGAGGUGCAGAAGCAGAAAGUCUCACGGAACCGGGAUGCACCUGAGGGUGGCUUUGAUGCCAUCAUCCAGGCCACUGUCUGUGAUGAGAAGAUUGGCUGGAGGAAUGAUGCUUCCCACCUCCUGGUCUUCACCACGGAUGCCAAGACCCACAUCGCGCUGGACGGCAGGCUGGCUGGCAUCGUGCAGCCCAAUGAUGCCCAGUGCCACAUUGACGAGGACAACUUCUACUCUGCCUCCACCACACUGGACUAUCCCUCUCUGGGCCUGAUGACUGAGAAACUCUCUCAGAAGAACAUCAACCUGAUCUUUGCUGUGACAGAUACAGUUGUUGGCCUCUACCAGAACUACAGUGAGCUGAUCCCAGGCACAACUGUGGGCACCUUGUCCAGAGACUCCAGCAACGUCCUGCAGCUCAUAGUGGACUCCUACGGGAAAAUCCGCUCCAAGGUGGAGCUGGAGGUUCGUGACCUCCCCGAGGAGCUCUCUCUGGCCUUCAACGCCACCUGCCUCAACGACGAGGUCAUCCCUGGGCUCAAGUCCUGCAUGGGGCUCAAGAUUGGGGACACGGUGAGCUUCAGCAUCGAGGCCAAGGUGCGGGGGUGCCCGCAGGAGCGCCAGAAAUCCUUCACCAUCAAACCCGUGGGCUUCAAGGACAGCCUGACGGUGAUGGUCAACUUCCACUGCGACUGCGACUGCGAGAGCCGCGCCGAGGCCAACAGCUCCGCCUGCAGCCACGGCAACGGCUCGCUGGAGUGCGGCGUGUGCCGCUGCAACCCGGGGCGCCUGGGCUCGCAGUGCGAGUGCUCGGAGCAGGAGUACAGCCCCUCGCAGCAGGACAACUGCAGCCCCCGGGCCGGGCAGCCGCUCUGCAGCCAGCGCGGCGAGUGCGUGUGCGGGCAGUGCGUCUGCCACAGCAGCGACUUCGGCAGGGUCAGCGGCAAGUACUGCGAGUGCGACGACUUCUCCUGCGUCCGCUUCAAGGGGCAGAUGUGCUCGGGCCACGGGCAGUGCAGCUGCGGGGACUGCCUGUGCGACUCAGACUGGACUGGUGACUACUGCAACUGCACCACCCGCACCGACACCUGCAUGUCCAGCAACGGGCUGGUGUGCAGCGGGCACGGCUCCUGCGUCUGCGGCAAGUGCGACUGCACCCAGCCCGGCUCCUACGGCCUCACCUGCGAGAAGUGCCCCACCUGCCCCGACGCCUGCACCAUCAAAAAGGACUGUGUGGAGUGCAAGAAGUUCGAGCGGGGAGCGCUGGUGGAGCAGCAGUCCUGCAGCCGCAUGUGCCGCGACGAGAUCGAGACGGUGCAGGAACUGAGUGACAGGGGCAAGGACGCUGUGAACUGCACCUACAAGGACGAGAACGACUGCGUGGUGCGCUUCCAGUACUACGAGGACUCCAGCGGCAAGUCCAUCCUCUCCGUCAUCGAGGAGCCAGACUGCCCAAAGGGGCCAGACGUGCUGGUGGUGCUGCUCUCGGUGACAGGAGCCAUCCUGCUCAUCGGCCUGGCUGCCCUGCUCAUCUGGAAGCUCCUCAUCACCAUCCACGACCGCCGGGAGUUCGCUCGCUUCGAGGAGGAGAAGGCCAGGGCCAAGUGGGACACGGGUAACAACCCUUUAUAUAAAGAGGCUACAUCAACCUUCACCAACAUCACCUACCGUGGGAACAUGUAAGGGUGCCACAUCAGCACUGGCUGUGGGGUCAGCUGAGGAUCCAGGGCACCUUCUGGAGCCUGGUUUACAGAAGAGCCUGUGUGUGUCUCUGCAAUUUAACAACCCCUCAGCUGCCUGCCAGGCCCUGCUGCCCAUCCCCCCACCGGACGUGCUUCCCACAGCAGACCUCUCAUGCUUACCUCGGUGGGUCGCUGGCAGGAGCUGGUGACCCCUGCACACACUGAAGACAGAAAUGGGACUUUGUGUGCCCAGCCAGGCUGGGAACCCUUAGGUGCUCUUCAGGCCAAGAGGAUGUGGGGAGCAGCUGCUUGAACUGAAGGCUGAGCUGUGCUGUCCUCCAUGGCCUGUGCUGGUGAAGCUCUGCCCACUCGUGCACUGGACAGAUGUGGUCCCCUGGGUACAGGAGUUGCCUCCUUAGGGGACAGGGCAGCUACU